UGUCUUGGGAACCAGUCGGCCUCUGCCGCCGAAUCCCGGCCUGGGGCCUGCGACAGGGCGGCUGCUGUCGGAGGAGAAGCUGCAGCGAUGCCUCGUGGCCUCGGCUGCGGCGGCGGAGGCGGGCGGGGGUCCGAGAGGUGGCGCCGGUGUGUGAGCUACUGCCUGGAGAGGCACCAGGACCAGGCCCUGAGCAGCCAUAUGUACCUGCUGCGGGAGACGGGCCCCACCGGCUUCCUGCUGAGCGAGGACGAGCCCAGCGGCUGCAGCUAUCGCGUUUUUCUUGGAGAUCCUCACACAUGUAGCUGUUCCACAUUUCUGAAAGGAAAUGAUCUUUGUAAGCAUAUCUGUUGGAUAUUAUUGAAAAAAUUCAAGCUUCCAAGAAAUCAUGAAUAUGCUUUUCAGUUGGGUCUUGUGGAACGAGAAAUCAGUGAAUUGCUACAGGGAUUACAUCGAGUCCAGACUCCACGACCAACUCAGAGACCUUUUGUUGAAAAAGAUGGAUACAUCAAACAGAAGGAAAUUUGUUCAGAUGAUGUCUGCUCCAUAUGUCAAGAAGUACUCCUAGAAAAAAAGCUACCAGUCACCUACUGCAGGUAUGGUUGUGGUAAUAGUGUUCAUAUAAAAUGUAUGAAAAUAUGGGCUGAUCAUCAGGAUAAGUCAUCAAAAAACCCUGUUGUCAAGUGCCCUCUGUGCAGGGAAGAGUUUGCACCUUUAAAACUUAUUUUAGAUGAAUUCAGAAACUCCAACAGACUUGUGACAGCAGCAGAGAAAGAAAGGCUUGACAAACACCUUGGAAUUCCAUGUAACAACUGCAGACAGUUUCCAAUUGAGGGAACAUGUUAUAAGUGCACUGAAUGUACUGAAUAUCACCUAUGCCACGAAUGUUUUGUUAGUUGUUGCCAUCCUCCACAUAUUUUUACUUUUCGACAGAAGAGAAAUCAAAGGUGGAAAUCACUAGAAAAAAAUCCAGGGUUAUGUCCUUCAGGGAGAAUCUUUAAAAAUACAGAACUUACAAAUCAGACUGAAGAAGAAAUGACACAUCUUGAAAAAAGUAUCAUUUGCACACCAAAGCAUGUAGUAACAUCACUUCCUCUCAUAUUAAUUACAAAGAACAGUAAGCUGCUUGCUCCAGGGAACCAGUGUCGACUUUGUUUGAAGGCAUUUUGUCUUGGUCAGCAUACAAGACUAUUAUCAUGUAAUCACAAGUUUCAUAGGAAAUGUAUUGAUGAUUGGUUACUAAAUAUAUGUAAUUCAUGCCCUAUUGAUGGCCAAAUUGUCUAUAACCCUUUAAUCUGGAAAAAUUCACUGAUUAAUGGACAUAUACAAAAGCAAAUACCACAUACAGCUGCCACUCAUCUGUCAAAGCAGGUAUAUCCAGAACUUUUUAUACCAGGCACUGGAUUGCUCUUUAAAGAAGGCAAAUUUGACCACUUACCUGAAAGAUCUAAAGAUAAUUUCGAAAGACUCAAUAAUCAUCAAGAUUCAACAAAUUUGAAUGAUAAAUUAAUGGGGGAUGGUCUAUACCCUUUGCAAUCAAGUGAUCCAGAUUCAGGUAAAUUAAUCUUUGAUUAUAAAAUAAAUCACCAUUUCCCUAGCUAUCUUCAGGAUUCAUCCCUUAGCACUGCAGGGAAAAUGUCAUCUCAAGUUUUUCUUCCUUCCAUUACCAAGACUGGAAUUUAUGCUAAACCUGGAAGCCCAUUUGUCAACAGAAAGUCAUAUCACCCUGAACAAAAGCCAAAGGGGAACAGAGUGUCUCAGUACAUGGACAAUCUUACACUGAAGAAGAUUCUUGCCACUAAAAUAAGAAUUGACAAUGAAAGUUCAGAUGUUACCUUGCCAGAGGUUUUUCAUCAUAUGGUGAACUGGGAUACAACUAACCCUAGCUCAUCCAAAAGGGAGAAUAAUAUUUUAGGAAAAAUCAGACGAAACCAUGGUCUCCUAUCAAGAAGGCCUAUAUCAAAUGCUUUAAAUACUGAAGCUCAAGAGUUGUCUUUAAUAAUGGAAGGAGUUCCUCUCUGCAAAAGUUAAUUUGAGUAUUUUCUAGGAUUAAAAUGUAUUUGCAAAAAAUAGCACAUUUUUUACUGACUAAUUAUAAGUACUAUUCUUGGUCUAUGUACGCAGAUACAUACAUAUAUAUGUAUUAUUCCUUUAUGUAAUACACAUAUCUAGUUAUCUGUGAAUAGCAUAUCACACCAUUUAUUCUAGCACAGAAAAUUUAAACAACCUAGUCUCUAAUAAAGACACAGAUUUGAAUGUUCUGAUGAGAAAACUUUAAGAAAAAUGAUUUUUAGAUCAUAAUAAAAUAUUAAUAAUUACCAGAGCUUAUGAUCAUUUCAAUAAAUACAUGUGUUGGUUUUACUUAAAUAAAAGAAAUAAGCUUUCUUGGAAUGAGUCACUUCAGAUAUCUUAAAUUGUUAUAUGAUAUGCAAGUAAUUUUUCCUGGCAAUGUAAUUUGUUGCUUGUAUCUUUAAUAAUAAUAAGUACAAAUAUAAUAUGUAUAGUAGCAUAUAGCUUACAGGGAAAUUAGGAUGUGGGGUUUUAUUAUUAAUUUUUCCUUGAAGUAUUUUAUAUUUAUAUAAAAUUUAUAAAUACUAAAUGAGAAUAAAAUCUAGUCAUCAUGCCUUACUUUUUUGUAUUUUCACAGUCUAUAUCACAUCUACAAUUGUUUGCAUUAUUUUAUUUUUUGUAUCAGUUUGGCAGAUUUGACCGUGGAAUUCAUUAAGAUGAACAACAUCAAAGAUUAUGUUUUAAAUUUUUUUCUCUCUCAAGAAUGAAGAGUUAAAAUGUUUUGUUUAAGGGAUACCACUGUCAGAUUCUGGCUCUGUUUCUCACUUUUCUAUAACUUGUCAGGUUUUCACAUCUUUUCAUUUUCUAAGAUAUUAAACAAUUUCUCUUCUGCUAUAGGG